AUGUCGUCAUCGGGAAGCGAUCACCAUGGUUCCAAAAAUCAUUCUCAAAGAAGUGGACGAUCUGACUCACAUAGCAAUACUCCGCCUCGUCGACGUAGCCGUUCACGAUCAGUUAAUCAUGCCGCUGAGCAGCUUGGUCGGCUACAUAUAUGUAACUUCGAUGAAAGUCUGAGAAAGGAUGAUCUGAAAGAUGCAUUUGGAAAAUCUCUGGCGGCUGUAGAGACUGUUGAGCAACUAGUUCAUAAAAAUGAUCUGUUUUGCAUAUUGGCAAAGUUAUUUAGUAAAUUUGGCGACAUCGAUAAUGUUUGGUUGGCAUCAUAUCCACCACUCUUUGCGUUUGUCACGUUCAAAGCGAAGGAAGAUGCUGCUGAUGCGCUGAAGGAGAUGAAUAACGCGUACAUCGGAAGAAACAAGAUUAAAGUAGCCACAGCUCAUCCACCAAGAAAACAAGGUGAACGAGGUCCACCGCGUCGCUAUGGUGGCGGCUAUCGAGGAAGUGGUGGGCCACGUUCAUAUGGAGGAUAUGGCGGUAGAGGCGGUGGAUACGGAGGAGGUUACGGAGGACGAUCAGGAAACUCUCGUUCGUAUGGUGGAGGCGGUUAUCGAAGCAGUUAUAGUGGUAGCGGAAAUAAUAGUGAUCGAAGAGUAAGUCCCGGAUCACUGUCUUCGAAAAUGAAGGCUGUUUUUAUUCUUUUUGCUGGUUGUGCUGUAAUGCGAUUUGGUUGUCCCUGA